CGCCCACCGAAUCCACUUCUCACAGAGCGCGAGCUGCUGGCGGGAAGGCACGAGAGAGAGAGAGAGAGAGAGAGAGAGAGAGAGAGAGAGAGAGAGAGAGAGAGAGAGAGAGAGAGAGAGAGAGACGAGGGAGGGAAGAGAGAGCGUGUGCUGUGUGCGCGCGUGUCUCCGUGUGUGCGCGUGGAUUGCACCACCGCAUCCCGUUCACCGUUUCUGCAGGCGGCCAUGCUCCGAUGGACAGAAUAAAACUGACGAGCUUCUCUGUCCCUACAGAUGUGCCCACCGCCGUGUCAUUCCAGAUGUGACUGACAGGUCGUUGUAUGUCGCCCGCAUUGAGUCCUGCGCCGUUCACCUCGGAGAGACUGUGACACCAUGGCUUUGGUUAUGGAACCUAUAAGUAAAUGGACACCAAAGCAAGUUCUGGACUGGAUGAAAGGUCUGGAUGACUGUCUCCAGCAGUACGUGAAGAGUUUCGAGCGGGAGCAGAUGGGGGGCGAGCAGCUGCUGCACAUCACCCACCAGGAGCUGGAGGAGCUGGGCGUCACCAGAAUAGGACAUCAGGAGCUCAUCCUGGAAGCUGUCGACCUCCUCUGUGCCCUGAACUACGGCCUGGAGACAGAGAACCUCCGGACGUUGUCCCACAAGCUGAACGCUUCGGCGAAGAACCUUCAGAACUUCAUCCUGGGCCGGCGGAGGGGCGGACACUAUGAUGGACGAGCUUCCCGAAGGCUACCCAAUGAUUUCCUAACCUCAGUGGUGGAUCUGAUUGGAGCAGCCAAGAACCUUCUAGCCUGGCUUGACAGGUCUCCAUUCGCCAGUGUGACAGAGUAUUCAUUACUGAAGAACAACAUCGUGCAGCUCUGCCUAGAAUUAACUACAAUUGUACAACAGGAUUGCACAGUGUACGAGACAGAGAAUAAGAUUCUCCACGUGUGUAAGACCUUAGCAGGGAUAUGUGACCACAUCAUCUCUCUGUCAUCUGACUCUCUGGUCUCUCAGUCUGCCCAUCUGGAGGUGGUCCACCUCACCAGCAUCAUGCCCAGUGAAGGCCUGGGGAUGUAUAUCAAAUCGACAUAUGACGGACUCCACGUCAUCACCGGAACAACAGAGAAUUCUCCAGCCGACCAGUGUAAGAAGAUCCACGCAGGGGAUGAGGUGAUCCAAGUCAACCACCAGACAGUGGUGGGCUGGCAGCUGAAGAACCUUGUGAACGCGCUGAGAGAGGACCCGUGCGGAGUCAUCCUCACGCUGAAGAAACGGCCCCAGAACACCCUAAGCUCCACACCGGCUUUGCUCAGGAACGUCCGCUGGAAACCACUGGGCCUGCAGCCGAUGCCCACCAGCCCCACCAGCACCUCACCAACACCCGUUGGAACUUUAGGCAUGUCUAAAAUGGACGCCCCCAGCAUGCAGGACGUCUACAUCCUUUCUCCUGUCUCUGGACUCUACAGCACCAGGGAGGAGAUGGGUCUGAUGUCAUGUGACGACAUCAGCCGCUACAGCGUGAGCUCCCAGUCCGGCUCCAAAGGUUCAGAGGCAGUCAGCUACUACCUGGACCAGGACAGCGGUCAGUACUUCUCCUUGCUAGAGGGAGAUGGACCCCCAGGGUCUGACUACGACAGGGUCCGAAAUACAGGGGUUCGCCGGCGGGACAAGACCCCCACCCAUGGUGACCUCAGACCAGUGUCCAUGCCUCCCGAAUAUAACUGGAUGGCCGAGGCCAAGGAACCCAGCAUGGGCAAGAGAGGGAGCCGAGACUCAGACAACUCCCUGCUGCGUUACCUUAGCGAUGACAAGAUCCUGGUGAUCGAGGAGGAGCCCGAGGGUCAGAGUAGGGAGAGCCGGCGGGAUUCCACCAGACGCUCUCGGCGCAAGAGCCGCAAUCCCAGCAGCCCCAGCUUUCCCAUCAGUCCCUCCAUGCUGUCCUCCACCCUGCGCCUCGACCAGCCUCCUGAAGUUUUGCCCCGAGGUGCGGACACACUGCGAGCAGACACAACAGACCGGUACUCGGGCUCAGGGAGCUCAGGAGCGGCCUCCAUGAGGAAGGUACGGGAGCAACCAGUGUCUUUCCAUUACACCUCGCUAAGAACGAAAACCAAAAAGAGAAGUAAAGGUUCCCUCACUAGUGCCAGUCGAAGGAGAAUCUCGUGUAAGGACCUGGGCCACGGCGACUGUGAGGGCUGGCUGUGGAAGAAGAAGGAUGCCAAAGGCUACUUCACUCAGAAGUGGAGGAAGUACUGGUUUAUCCUCAAAGAGUCCUGCCUCUACUGGUACACCAACCAAAAUGAUGAGAAGGCUGAGGGCUUCAUCAGCCUCCCUGAGUUCAGAAUAGACCGAGCCAUAGAGUGCAGACGGAAAUUCGCCUUCAAAGCCUGUCAUCCCAAAAUCAAGAGCUUCUUCUUCGCCACUGAUUGUCUUGAGGAAAUGAACAGGUGGAUGAACCGACUGGGGUUGGCUGCUAUUGGCUACACACCAGAUGACAAGGUGCCACGUCCCGAUGAAGACUACUGGAGUGAGAGUGAUCAAGACGAGGUCGAUGGCUCGAUGACACUCAAACAGGAGGCACCAUCAUCCCUCUGUGAUACUUAUCACCGCACACCAUCAGUCAACCUCCUCCACAGUUAUGACCAGUUGCCCCGCUCCGUCAGCUCCAUGAGCCUCAUGCGCUCCACUCCGUCCCCACUGCCUCCACCAAUGAGUGCCUCCACCUCCCCCAUCCCUCCACAGAUGGUCUCUUCCACCUCCCCUCUCCCUCUCCAGGUCAACUCCUCUAGCCCCUUCCCAGAACCCAAGCAUGGCCGGCACUUCUCCAGCGAGUCCACCCACUCCCACUCCUCAGCUGAGGACCAGCGUGGAGACGGGAUGGGCAUGGGCACGGGCACGGGCAGCACCAGUACACACUCGUCCGGCUGCCGCUCCACCCAUCGUGAGCGUCGCUCCUGGCAGGACCUCAUUGAGACCCCUCUGACCAGUGCGGGUCUGCACUUCCUCCAGACGGCGCCCGGGGAGGGUGACUACGGAGGCCUAAUGGGGAGCAUGGCGGGAGACAUGGGGGUCUACGGGGGGCUGGGCAGACAGGGCAUGUCCCCGGAGAGACGCAGGCAGGCCACGCUGCCCGUACGGAGACACCACGCCGCAGAGAGGGACAGGGAACGGGACGGGCCUUUCCCUCUGGACCGGGGGCCACACACACACAGCCACACGCACCGGCGCUCUCACAAGCAGCGGAGUCAGAGUCUGCCCAGGAACAGGGACCCGAUGCCAGGAAAGCUGCUGCACACCUCAGUUCAUAUGGAGGAGAGGAGCGAGGAUGAAGAGGCAGAGGGGCAGGCUGCAGACGUGCUCGAGGGUGAGGAGGACCUGCGGGAGUUGAGAGUUGAGAGCAGAGAGAGGAGGGUGUCAGAAGGAAGGGAGCGGCGGGUGUCAGAGGGCCGCGAGCCAGAGUCUUUAGAUGGUCUAGAGCAGCUCUACCGGGCCCUGGAGCAAGCUAACGUGACGGCCCUAGGAGACCCCAGACCUUGUAGCAGGCAAGAGCUUCGACGCUGUUUCACCCAGCGAGCCAGGGACCCACUGCUCAACGACAGGCUACACCGGGUGCGAGCCCUCCGCAGCACCUUGAAGGCCAAAGAGUCGGAGCUGGCGGUGAUCUGUGCCCUCCUGGAGGACCCUGGCCUGUGCUCCCAGACCUUCAGAGAGUGGAAGCAGUGGCACAGCGACCUCUACUCAGACAUCUGCCAGCUCAGCCCCGGCACCAACGGCCAGGACGAGCUCUCCCCGCUGGCCGCACCGCUUAUGACCCACACACACUCCUUCAUUGAGACACACGUGUGAGAAAGAGAAGAGAAGCAAAGACUGAACUGAUACACACACACACAAACACACACAUACAUACACGCACACAGGCACACACACACCACAGAGCUUUACUUCACCCAAACCCUCUCCCCUGAUCACAACUCUGAACACGCACUCACACACAAACACACACAGGAACACACAUUGUAAGAUGUGUAAAUAUCAUAGAGGGAACAGUCUGAGACCUGCGUGUAUGAACUUUUGAUAAUCUUGAGGACCCCACAGGGUGCCUAUUGCAUGCCUGAACAGAAAGCAUUAAUCUUCCUUUGUCUAUGGAACUCAGCAUAAACUCCACACGCUUGUCGAGCAAAAUGGGAAAAAAAGGAGACUUUUUAAACACGUCCGUUCCUUUGUAUUGGUUACGCUAUUUUCUUCCGGUUGAUUUUAGGGGGCAGGGGGAGCUAUGUAGCAGCAAUACAGAGGAGAAUCCUUUUCACCACAGCACUGUACUUUUGUACUGAUGAACUUUGCACCCAGAGCCACCAGUUCUCCCCCUUUCUCUCUCUGACGUUUUGUUUUAUUCAAUUUUUCUCUCGCUGCAUAUCUCACUCAUUUACUGGGACCUUACUGUUACUCCAGGCUGAUGUGAUGGAACAGUGUGGGGUGGAAGUAAGGGCAGUGACAUAGUGACUUUGGUAUAAGACUGUGAAAGGUAGCCAUCGAUGCUGGUAUGUCUGUUUUAGCCGAUGUUAACGAGUGUCACGAGCGCUGAGAAGCUACGUUGUCCCGGCUUGAUGCACACUAUUUCAAACUGUGAACUGUUACAAAAGACACACAAUUUUAUCUGCAGAAGGAGGCUCCUCUGAUAGAGUGCAAUUCUACGAUUGUAGUUGGCAUUCUGUCUCCCUCUCUCUCUGUGUUUCUCUCCGUCUCCUCCUCUUUUCUUAAUUUUCGUCCCAUCUUUUGUUUCUUCUCUCUCUCUCUCCAGUCCUCAAAGACUUGUGUAUAUGUAUACUGCUGUGUAUACUGAUGUAAAUGUUUGCGUUCCACUACCACUGUGAUAUGCUUCUAGAGGUAGCGGAGGGAAGACGGGAGAGUAUGUAUUUGCGUGGGUGCAAAACAAUUUGUUUUUUUUCAUUUUUCUCUUUCUUUUUCUUUUUGUAAACAGCGAAUGCAAGAGCUAGAGAGUUCUUUUCAAAGGAGUCACUCACUACAAAGAAUGCACUUUCUACAUCUCUAUAUCUCAUUGGCUGCAUCACAGGGUCUAUGUCUCAUCGGCCUCUUUACCAUUGCUGUUCAAAAUAUCAGGUAAAAAGCAUUUGCCGUCUCAUUUUCUAAAGAUUUGUGUACAGUCUACAAAUAUAUUUAAACAUAGAAGAAUAUAUAAAUCUAUUUACGUUUUGUGUCAUAGAUAUAAUGUAAAGUAUGAUGUAUUCUAUGCCAAGGUUUUGCAGUGUCCCCCUCUUCACUCUGUAGGUGCAGGGUGUUUAGCAGAUGAACAACUAGGAGGCAAACAACAACAAAAACAACAACAACAACAACAACAACCACAACAACCACAGUCACAGUUGACUGACAGUUUGUACUGGGUUACAUCAUCCUCUCCUGGUGAUGUGUUGCAUGAGAAAAGGCCUGGGACUGAUCUGAUUGGACAGGGUAAACUAUCGUGGGUCAUUAGUUAUUUUUUUCAAUCUUCCUUUCACGAUUGCAAGAUAAUUAGACUUGUAGCGCAUGAUACAUGCAAAGGUACUGUUGAAGAAUGAAUUUAAAUAUAUGUUCGUAGGUUUGAAGUAUUUUCAUCAUUAGAUGGUGUUUGAAGACACAAACUGUACAAUAACUGAGGGAGGCACUGCUGCUGCUCAGUUGUUCGAUCUAAUGCAGAACCCUACUCAGCAUCUAACCUUCAGUUAACUGUUUUGGUUUACAUCAUAGACUGUAUAUAAAGUCUAUGGUUUACAUAGAGAGACAACCACAAAGGUCUCAGGAAUCUUACUGAGAGUAGACAGUGCAGUUGCUUCUAAAAACAGAAGCUUUUUUUGACAUUCCCUCCUAGCAUAUGGUUGACACUGGGCGGUCAAAGACAUCUACAUUAAUUGGUCUGUAAUGUCUGUGAAACUCGGAUGAAUCAUUUCAUCUGCAAUAUCAGGCCAAGGACUCAACGGUGCCCCCCAGUGUCGAAGACUCUGAGAGACAUGCGUAGCACCUGCUGCAUCCAGCACUAUCUGUACUUAUUCUUCAUCUUUUACUGUCGGUCUUUGAGUGUAGGUUCUGGUUUUUCAUCCCGUCUCACUGUUGUGAAAUAUAACACUCCCUUCAAAGUUAUAGCUCAUGCUUUUUAUUUCAACAGUUAAUUUGAGAGUACCACAAAGGAAACUAAACGAUGCAAGCACUUUCCCUGUGCCUCCCAACCCUCUCUUGGGCAACGAUGGACUGACAAUACUGGCGAUCCUAUACACACACAGCUGUAGAGGAGCCAUGAUAGAGUUUUAGUCUGCAGACCUCCCUCCGAUUCUCAUCUCUUCUUUUUUGCCAACCGCUGCUCCGCUGAGCAGGCGACAUACUGUAGAUUAUGGAGCUAUUUGAGUUAUGAUUUGUAGGCACAGACUGUGUAAUCCCUCCCAGACCUUUGUGUGUGUAGACCUGCAGAAACAGGCCGAAAAGGGAGAUUCCACUGUGUGUUCUUUCAGGGGUGUACACCUCAUGGUACAUUGCACAGGUGUGUAAGAUGUAAGUUGCACUGCGACAUUAAAAAAGGAACAUAUUGCUCUUUUUCAAGGAUAAUAUUAGCUUACUGUUAUUCUGUACAUUAAAACUGACGAUGAUAUUAAAAAAAAGAAAGAAAAUGACAUUUAUUCUUCCUAAAGUAGCCUUUUUUUGGUUUCAUAUAUAUGAAUAUAUAUUACAAAAAAUACAGAUUGUAAACUUAAGUUGUUAAACUUUGACUUCAAUAAACUGAAUCCUCUGCACUAUGA